GCUAGAUUAAAUAUUUAAUUAUUUACAUUUUAAAAACAUUUCUCUUAAGCUGGAACAACUAUAUCAAAGGGUGUGAUUCAAGAAGACGAUUAUGACAGACAGCAAACUACGAGAAAUAGAUCCAGGAAAAAAUCCAAAAAAACCAAACCCAGUAAAAAACGACGAUGAAGACUCAGAUUUAUUAGAGGAAGAAGAACAAAGAAGUGAACACACCUCUGAACUAAUGAACAAAAGCAGCAAUGAAAGUAGCUCAUCAGUUUUAACUGAGACUCUUUCACCUUGGAGAGCAGCUGCAUAUCUCCAUAUACAAACAUGUAGAGCAAAAUUCAUAAAAGAAUUUGGGAAAGACAUACAUCUGCACAGUGAUGAUUCAGAUACAAUGAUAAAACUAAAGGAGAAGAUUACACCGAGUUGUGCACAAAUAGCCGAUAAAGAACGAUUAAGAAAGAAACAUAAAAAAGUAUCAAAAUCAAUACCUACGCCAUUUGAUGAGUGGCUAAAUAAAAAGAAUAAAGAGCUGAAACAUCAAAAGAUGCAGGCAUAUAAACAACGAGAAAUAAAGGAGCUCAAAGAAGCUGCAGAAGAAGCAAAGAAGGCCAAAAAAAGAAGUGAUAAAGCAGAAAAAUGGCGGAAGAAUAGGCAACAUUUAGAUAAUGAGAAAAAAGCAAUAGCAAAAAUUAAGGCAAGAGAUAGACCAGAAAAACAAUAUUUAACUGACUUAAGUUCAAAUGUAAUUCCUGCUACUGAGUGGGAGAAGAUAAGACAAGCAGCGGAAGAUAUGAAACAUAUUGAGCCAUUAAAGCUGGGAAGAUUAGAAGGGCAGGGAAAUAAAGAUCCUGGAAAAUAUUUAACGAAAUAUGUUGUUCAACCAGAUCCAGCCUUCAGAGCUAGGUAUAAACAUAUUUUAGAAGCUGAAGAAGCAAGGCCAACUGAAAUCAUACUUGACGGAGAUCAUAAAGGCGAUGCUGAAGAUCCAGCUGGAUUGCCACGGCAAUUUAAACAGAUGCUAAGAGAGGAAGCCAGCACAUUAAAGGAAUAUCUUACCGCUGGUAAUUCUUAUAAAAAAGAAUUGAAGAAAAUGGAAGUAAAUGAGCGUUCAUACAAACGUAUAGUGAAAGGAAAGUUGAAAUCUAAGAUCCUGGUAAAGAAACACUCAUCCCGAUUCACCAGGUCUUCAAGUAUUCCUUCAAGAAGUUGCUUUGUAAAAUGUAAUUCUUAAACAUAUCGCCCAAAUUGGUUUGCUUACUAAUAGUAUGCCAUCUAUUAUCAUUCAUUACCAAUUUUCUAUGUUUUUGUUGAUGAGAAAUAUUGGAAUAAAUCUUCAUUUAGUCCUAUCA